CGACGCCUGAAUAAAACGGAAGGACACCGGAAGUGUGCAAAGAGACUGUUUUGAGACUACACGGUCAACUCUCUUGUAAACAUGGGCCACCACUUUGGAGACUUGGCCAGGAUCAGGCAUAUAAUUACAUAUAGUCUGUCCCCCUUUGAGCAGAAGGCCUUCCCCAACUACUUCUCCAAGGGAAUCCCCAAUGUGUGGAGAAGGAUCACAAGCUCUUUCUUCAAAGUUGCCCCCCCAAUGACCCUCAUGUACCUGACAUACACCUGGGGCAACAGUACCCACGCGCAGAGCAAGAAGAAGAAUCCAGCUGACUUUGAGAAUGAUAAAUGAACUCCAGCCACCUUUAAGAAAGCUACCCUCUGUUAUUAAUUCCAGCUGUAUGUUUCACCAAUAAAGAAAACAAAUAUUUAUGUGAAA